AUGGGUGAGUCAAAUCCGGCAAAUUCGCCGGCAUUACAAUGUCCACAAAACAAGCAAGGAUAUGCCUACUCUUACGUACGACCAUUAGAAUUCACGGAUUCUAUGGAAGAGAAUUGGAAAUUGUGGGUCCAAAAAUUUAAAAUAUUUCUUCUUGCCGAGGACCUUGAAGCAGUUUCCGAUGACCGUAAAAUAGCUCUGCUGCUCCAUAACAUGGGUGACAAGGGUGUAGAAAUAUACAAUUCGUUUAAUUUAGAGCCAAAGCAAACCUUUGAAGAAGUCCUAAAGAAAUUUAAUGCAUAUUUCAUUCCAAAAGUUAACAUCACGAUGCAACGCCAUAAAUUUUUUACAAGGGCACAAGGACCUAAAGAGUCCUUCGACGAUUUCCUUACUGACCUUCAGAACAGAAGUAUGACAUGCAACUUCAGUGACAAGAGAGAGGAACUCGUGAGAGACGUUAUCGUCAUAGGUCUAGCUAAUACCGCUAUGAAGGAGAGGCUUCUGCGCACGGAGGAUCUGACUCUGCAGAAGACCAUCACCAUGUGCAGAGCUGCGGAAUUGUCUCAAAAACAAGUUACGGAACUAACGAAUGAGAUAGCUGCGACCUCCGUGCUCAACGUCAGCACUGUGCCAGUACAUAACGUCAACAAUGUCAAUACUUCAAGAACAAGAAGCGUCAAGACAAGAAAAUGCUAUCGCUGCGGAAAUAACUGGGAUCGCACGCAUCAAUGCCCAGCUAUAGGUUGCAAGUGCCAGAAGUGUGGUAUUCCUAAUCAUUUUGCGAAGGUUUGCAGAAACAAACAGGUUGCAGCCAUAACAGAGAAGCAGGUUGAAGACGACAGCGAGGAGUCCUUCUUCGUUGGCUGUAUCAACAGUGAGUGUGAAUGCGAAUGAAAAUGCAAUUCCCAGAGCCGAUCCACCUCGUCGGGUCCCUAUAGCACUAAGACAGAGCCUUAAGGACGAGUUGGACAAUAUGGUGAGACAGCAAAUAAUCACCAAAAAUGAGGAUCCGAUGGAGUGGGUCAACUCAACUGUUGUAACCAAAAAGAAAAACAAUAAAAUACGCGUAUGUAUUGACCCUCGGUACUUAAAUAAAUUCAUUAUUAGAAAACACAAGCAAUUGCCAACGGUUGAUGACAUACUAGAUAAGUUAUCAGGCUCUAAGUAUUUUUCUAAAUUUGACUGUAGCAGUGGGUUUUGGACAGUACAGCUUGACUCAGAAAGUUCAAAGUUAUGCACGUUUUCUACUCCAUUUGGUAACUACUCCUAUAAACGAUUGCCAUUUGGACUUUCUGUGUCAACAGAAGCAUUUCAGGAACGCAUGGAAGAGACUUUUAGUGAUAUUGAUAAUGUACAAUUUUAUGUCGAUGAUUUAAUAAUUUAUGCCAGCACCGUGGAAGAACAUAAUAAAGUGUUACUAAAUGUAUUGAAAAGAGCUCAAGAAUGUAAUGUCAAAUUCAAUAGGGAGAAGUCCCAAGUUCUGUGUAAAGAAAUUUAAUUUCUUGGCAUGAUUGUAAGUGACCAAGGGGUUAAACCUGAUCCAAUUAAAGUAAUGGCCAUUUCCGAAUUAAAAUGCAUUCAUGAUAAGAAAAAACUUGAACGAUUUCUAGGAAUGACAAAUUACCUGUCAAAAUUUAUCAACAAUUACUCGACUAUUACAAGCCCGUUGCGCGAGCUUCUUAAAAAAGACAUAUUAUUUCAAUGGCUUCCUUCUCAUGAAAAUGCUUUUAAUAAACUUAAGGAGGCAUUAACGAACGCUCCCACGCUUAAAUUAUUUGACAGCAAUAAAGAUGUAGUCGUUUCGGUAGAUUGCAGCUCGGAAGGAGUAGGCGCUUGUCUUUUACAAGACAGACAGCCUAUUGCAUAUGCUUCUAAGGCGCUAACUGAAUGUCAGAAAGGUUAUGCCCAGGUUGAACGCGAGAUGUUUGCUAUUGUAUUUGGAUGCAUCAAAUUCCAUAAGUAUAUUUUAGGAAAACAUACCCUAGUUGAAACUGAUCAUUCGGCAUUAGAAAUUUUAUUUAAAAAACCCCUGUCUUUAGUACCUGCAAGACUACAAAGAAUGAUGCUUAAAAUACAAGGGUAUGACAUUACUGUUAAGUAUGUACCUGGAAAACAAAUGUAUAUAUCAGAUUUUCUCAGUCGCUCUUUCCUAGUUGACAAGAAUGAUGAGACAAAGGAAUUUGAUGAAGAGUUUAACAAAGAAAUUAUUUGUCAUGUUGAGGUCAUGAUAGAUUCGUUGCCUAUUUCAAGUGACAAGCGACAACUCAUUGCCAUGAAAACGAACGAGGAUGCCACAUUGUCCUGUUUAUAAGAUUAUAUUCAUAAUGGUUGGCCAAAUUCUAAGAACAAUCUAAAUGAAUUAGUAAAACCUUUCUGGAAUUUUCGCAAUGAAUUGUCCCUAGUCGACCAAAUAAUUUUAAGAAAUAAUCUUAUUGUGAUACCAGUAGCAUUACAAAAAAUGAUGUUAGAAAUUAUUCAUGAAGGUCACUUAGGAUUAAAUACAUGUCUUCGUAGAGCUAAAAACGUUCUAUUUUGGCCUGGAUUGACAAGUCAAAUUAAAGAACUCUGCAACAACUGUCAAACAUGUGCCUUAUUUAGGAAAAACAAUACUAAAGAACCAAUUCA